CAGUCUCGGAGCCGCGCGGAGCCGACUCGAGCCACGCCGAGCGGCGCCGGGCGAGGCGGCCGACCCCUGAGUACCCAUGCUGCUGACGCUGCUCUGGGGCUCCCUCUUCUUCCCCGGGCUCUUCGCGCUCUGCACCUGGGGGCUGCGACGCGCGCUGCCGGAAUGGACCGACUCCGACUGCGCGAUGAUCAGCACCAGGCUGGUUUCUUCAGUGCAGGCUGUGUUGGCCACCGGCUCAGGGAUCGUCAUCGUCCGCUCCUGUAGCGACGUGAUCUCCGACAGGCACUGGCUUGCCCGAGAAUAUGUCUGGUUUUUGAUUCCAUACAUGAUCUAUGACACCUAUGCCAUGUACCUCUGCGAAUUGUACCGAACCAGAGACCAGAACCGCAGAGAUACCCUUUCUAUUUUUCGAAACUUCCUAAGUAAAAAUCGCCUCAUGAUCACGCACCAUGCGGUCAUUCUGUUUGUCCUUGUGCCGGUCACACAGAAACUUAGGGGAGAGCUGGGGGACUUCUUUGUGGGCUGCAUCUUCACAGCAGAACUGAGCACUCCAUUUGUGUCGCUGGGCAGAGUUCUGAUUCAGCUAAAGCAGCAGCAUACCCUUCUAUACAAGCUGAACGGAGUCGUCACGUUGACCACCUUCCUUUCCUGUCGGAUCCUUCUUUUCCCCUUCAUGUACUGGUCUUAUGGUCAACAGCAGGGACUAAACCUGUUCCAAGUGCCAUUCCAUAUCCCUUUCUUCUGCAAUGUGGCCAAUGCCUUCCUCAUUGCUCCCCAGAUCUACUGGUUCUCCCUGCUGUGCAAGAAGGCAGUGCGGCUCUUUGACAGUGCCCCAGCCAAAAAGGACAGCUAAUCGCUGCCAGGAGUCAGACAGUGGGGGUGCAUCCUCAUACUAGCUGCCUUUUUGCUCAGUAUUCCAUGGACCAAGUUGUGCCCUGGGGAGUCUCAGCCUUUUGAGGGUUUGAGCAGAAGGACUUGAGUUUUUCUAAAGAAUAUUGUAUUACCUCCCUCUUUGAACCUGCCCUUUUUGCAAAAACACCUUUUUCUUAGUAGCAACUAUUGGGUCUUGUCAGACUUUUUAUCAACAGAAUGAUGUUUUAAUGCAGGACCAAGUUUCCUUCUUUGGGGUUUAUCUCAAGAGCUCUGAGGGGUAGCAUUGGGGCAUGGAAAAUGUGGACCUGGGUGAUAAAUGUCUGGGUACCCGCCUGGCCCUAAUUAUCAGUGGCUCCCCACCUUUCCAACCACAUAUGGCAGUGGAUACAUGAACUAGGCCAGCAGUGAUGAUUUGGUUUUUGAAAUAAUUUGUGAUAGUAGUUUUAUAUUGUUUACUAGCCAACCCAUGGGUUGUCUCAUCCUGGGGACAACCUUGAAUUCUCAUGCCAGCUGACUUCCAAUCAGAAGCCUCACUGAAGUAAAAGGCAGGGAUGGGAGCCUGAGGCACCUGAGAAAGUAGGGAGGCCAAAAGGUCAGCACCUUUGCAGCCCUGUUUGGUUAAGACCAGUGUCAGACUUGUGAAUUUGUCACAAAUCUUUCCUUUUUAGCAUACCCCCAUAUCCACUUGCACAAGGUACUCAAAACACUAUUGGGGUGAAGUGAAAUGGUGACUACUCACUGUAACUCCACUGUAACUUGAUGCUGUCCUUUCCAUGAAGUGGCAAUGGACUCAUACUCCAAACUGCAUCUGCCUCCUGCUAAGCCAGAGCAAGUGGCCCAAACCCUGUUUCUUUGUGGGUACAGCACCACUCACUACAGAAGUCUGGAAAGCAAGAGUGCAAGACAGCCCUGGCCAAAAUAUAUCCUGUGGACUGACUCCUUCAACCAUUUGCAAAUAGGAUCCUUUGGUGCCAACACUAAUUGUUCCUAAUCCAUUUGGAUGGGUUUUAGAAACUGCUAUCAUGAAGUUUUUUUUCUCAAGAGGAAGUGAAAAAGUAGAGUUUAAAGUGCCUUUUAAUUCAUUGGACAUGAACUUUUAAAGUACUGAAUUGUGUGUCUCAACUUUUGACUAUUUCAGUCUUAAUGGGUGCCAUUUAAAACACAUAAAGUGCUGUAAUUUUUUUUUUUUGUACUGUUUUGUUUACUAUGUCUAUCUUACAAAUCAUCCCUGUGGUGAUUAAA